ACAAAUUUGAACUCAUCACGUGGUGUGAUAUCUGAAAGUGAUCUGAUGUCUGAGGAUGAAUCGGAUAUUCAUAUCGGUCUUUCAGACCAAGGUGUCACUGCUGUUCGACGAAUUUCAAUCCGUCGAGAUGGCAAGUUGAUACCAACGAAACACCUUAUUUUGACUUUUAACAAACCAACAUUGCCAUCUUCUGUUGCGGCAGGAUAUCUCCGUUGCCCAGUUCGCCCAUACAUCCCAAACCCGCUACGAUGCUUUAAAUGUCAGCGGUUUGGACACUCCCAAACAUCAUGCAGAGGAAAAAAAGCAUGUGCACAGUGUGGAAAUGAAGACCAUGAGAGUAAUGAAUGCACAAGUUCUCCAUGCUGUGUGAACUGCAAAGAUGCUCAUCCUGCCUACUCUCGGAAAUGCCCUUCAUGGCAGAGAGAGAAAGAAAUUCAGCGAUUGAAGACUAUUAAUAAUAUAUCCUACCCGGAGGCACGUCGUAUGGUCACCUUAAAUACACCAGUGAAACAAAAGACAUUCACUGCUGCUCUGAAAUCCACAAAGACAUGUGGAGUUCAGACAGACAUUUCUGUUUCACCCGAUGAAUCUCUGACUCGCCAUGAAAAAUGUCUGCUGGUACCAUCUACCAAAGCAACAGAAAAAGAGAAUAACAAAGCAAAACCACUCAUACCUAAAACAGGGGUAACAACUAGGAAUGAAGUCUCUUCCAAGCAGGCAUGGGAGUAUGAGUCUGUCGAUCACAACGAGUUCAUUAGGAUCUACCCUCUAUGGCUAAUUUUAUGUCAGGGCCUGGGCGAAGAAUUAUCUCAGGGGAUUUUCGAAUAA